UUCUCUAUACGAAAACAAACCGCGGAACGUGGAUUCAGCCACGCUCGGAACGAAGAGUAGCUUCUUCCUUCCGUCACCGCACCCUUCACUCACAUACCAACACUAACUCACCGCCCCCGGCAAGCGCAUAAAAAAUACGGCGACUAGUUUCCGGCGAGCUCAGCUGACAAAUAGGAGCUAGGCCCCUCUAGGCAAGGCGCCCUUAAAAGAAUUAAGGUGAAUCGAAGCGAUGGGUCGGUCUCGGGCGGUGUUGCAUCCUGCGGAGGAUGAUCCAAAUCAAAGGUCCAAGAGGAAGAGGACUGUUUCCAAUGUAGAAACUAUGGGGAUUACUCCUUCAGUUGAAGGAAUUUCUGAAGGGAAAGUGGCUUUGUACCACUGUAAUUAUUGCAACAAAGAUAUUUCGGGGAGGAUUCGAAUGAAGUGCGUCAUGUGCCCAGAUUUUGACCUUUGUGUAGAAUGUUUUUCUGUUGGAGCUGAAGUUACACCGCACAAGAGCAAUCAUCCUUAUAGGGUUAUGGACAAUCUCUCUUUCCCACUUAUAUGUCCAGACUGGAAUACAGAUGAAGAGAUAUUACUUUUGGAGGGCAUUGAAAUGUAUGGAUUUGGUAACUGGACUGAAGUUGCUGAACAUGUUGGAACAAAAACCAAAUCACAAUGUAUUGACCACUAUAAUGGCGUAUACAUGAACUCUCCAUGCUUUCCUCUCCCUGACAUGUCGCAUGUUAUGGGUAAGAGUCGGGCGGAGCUCCUUGCUAUGGCCAAAGGGCCCGGUGAAGUGAAAAAAGAAAUUCCUAAGAUUGGGGAGCUUACGCUGAAAGAAGAGUCUCCAUUCUCAGGAAGACUCAGUUGUGAUGAAUCCAAAAAAGGUCUGGCUUGGCAUUCCUCAUCUAGCUUAACAUCAGGAACAGGCACAGGUCUGGAUUCAAGCAGUGGUAACACUUUCUCAGGUGUUAUAAAGAAGGCCUCCAAUAAAGUUCAGACUAAGGAUGGGACUAGCACAGAAGAAUUUCAGGCAGACAGGAGCAUUGGAGAGAAAAAGCCUAGGGUUCUGGGGGAUGAGGAACCUUCUAUGACAGAAUUGAGUGGCUAUAACUUCAAGAGGCAGGAGUUUGAGAUUGAAUAUGAUAAUGAUGCAGAGCAGGUACUGGCAGAUAUGGAAUUCAGGGAUACUGAUGGUGAUGCUGAGCACGAAUUGAAAUUACGAGUUCUGCGUAUCUACUCGAAAAGGCUUGAUGAGAGAAAGCGCAGGAAAGAUUUCAUACUGGAAAGAAAUUUACUUUACCCUGACCCUUUCGAGAAAAGCCUCUCACCUGAAGAGAGGGAGAUAUGCCGACGUUACAGGGUCUUCAUGCGAUUCCACUCAAAAGAAGAGCAUGAUGAGUUGCUUAAGAAUAUUAUUGAGGAACAGCGUAUAGUCAAAAGAAUACAAGAUCUUCAGAAAGCUCGAGCUGCAGGCUGUCGAACAGCUGCCGAGGCAAAUAAGUUUCUUGAACAGAAGAGGAAUACGGGAGUUGAAGAAAGUGAGCAGGGAGUUAAUGAAAGUGCUCAAGGUGCAGGUGGUAAAGUCUUGCAAAGACAAAAUCAUCUCAAAGUUGAAUUUGAUGCCAGUCCUCAAGGAGUUCCUAAGGAGUCCCCUCUUCUACAUCCCAGUGGCAAGGAUACGUCUUCUGCAAUGCAAGCUACUUCAAACUCUCUUCAAGAGUGGGACAUCACUGGAUUUGUAGGAGCGGAUUUACUCUCUGAAACUGAGAAACGGCUUUGUGGUGAGAUCAGAAUACUACCUUCACAUUAUCUCAACAUGCUGCAGAUCAUCUCACUAGAAAUUAUGAAGGGCAAUGUCACCAAGAAGUCUGAUGCCCAUAGCUUGUUCAAGGUAGAACCGAGCAAAGUUGAUGUAGUGUAUGAUAUGCUUGUGCAAAAGGGGAUUGCUCAAGCAUGAUGACAUACCCCAUUGUCGUCUUCUGAAUAGUAACUUGUACAGUUUUUCCUUUCUAAUCAAGAAGUAUACCGCUAGUGAUAUAA